UAUGAAUUCAAGAAAUGGAUCUAAAGAAAGAUAAUAGAGAGAAGUAGUAAAAUCAUUAUUUUGGGAACAUUCAAAAAAUUUACCUCCUUUUUUUGCUGAGAAUGUAUUAUUUUUAGAAAUGGAAGUUGAAUGUAACAAUGUUACAAUAGAGGUUGUGAAUCAAUUAUUGGAAUUAUAUAGAGUAAAAUGAAUAUAAUUUAAUGAAGAUUGGUGUAGAAUAUUUUGAAUCAAUAAAGAGCAAUAAGUUUUUGAUAUUUAAGAAUAAAACGUAGUAAUUAUUAAUGAAAGGGACAGUAAAUCAAUGCAUGAAUGUUGCCUAUGAAGAAUUGAAACAUGAAACGGCUCUUAAGAAGACAUCUAAUUCUGAGAAUUAAGAGAGGAUUGCUCCAUUACCUCCGUCAUCGAGAUUGGUAAUUGCAUAGAAAUCUUAGAAAUAAUAAGAAGUAGAGAAUUAAUUAAAAUAUAUCAAAGAGUAAGAUUAAAAAUUAUAAGUUAAUCAACUAUUAGAGUAUCAUGGUUAUGAAUCAUAAAGAGUUACUAGAAUACAUAAUAAGUGAUUUAUUUAAUUUGAUUAUUGUAUAGAGCAUUGUAAGAAUAGGAAGAUUAAGUGUAAUAACGCUUAUAGAGAAGGCGAAUGAAUCAAUCUGUAAAAUUAAAAGGAUAAAUAGAAUGA